AUGGUGCAGCCGACCUCAACUUCCAAGAAGCUCAGCUACGCGUGGGACACGACUCCGGAGCAGAAGCAGUUCUUCACGCAAAGCUACACCAUCUUUACAUCGGCGCAGAAGAUUGAGCAGGAUGUCGCCGCCACCGUCGUCCCACCGUGGCAGGCCGGCAACUCCGCCGCGUCCCUGAUGCCGUUCCAGCAAACGAUGCAGUACUACCACCGCAUCAGCGGACUGUAUCGCAGCGCCGUCCGCGACUAUCUUUCCCAGCUAGAGAACGCUCCCGAGCCGGACCUCGACCUCUUGCAAAAGUGGCAGGCGAUCCACACCGCCCUGCACCUCGCAGAGAUCCUUUACUUUCCCGCCGACGGGCGAGGAGCCGGAGUGGUAGGCGAAGAACUUCUGCACUGGCUCAACUCGUUCGACUUUGCUCCGACGACCGAGGAGGGCCAGGAGAUUGCCCAGGCCGCUGUGCCUUACUCGCAUCCAAACUACUGGGACUACGUGCUGCGCUGCGUGCUGCGCGGCUUCCACACUUCAGCCGCCUCGGUGCUCAAGUCGCUCGUCGACCAGCAUCCUGCAGCGGCGGUGCGUCGCGUGGCCGAAAAGGCGGCGCACCUCCUCUCGACGCUGCCGCGCUCCAUCGCGUACGGCAUGGAGCACGAGUUUAUCGCGGCGCACCGCAGCUGGAUCGGGCGGGUGCGCAACGUGCUGAGCGGGCUCGAGCAAGAGAUGGACGACAUGGAGGCCCAGGCUGGCCACAGCGAGGAGAGCGAAGAGGAGCGGCUCGAAUACGAGGCGCAGUUCCGCUGCCUCCUCGAGCUCAUGGCCGGCGUCAAGGACCGCGUCUUUGAAGCCUGCGAAGACUGGCGGGAGGCCCUCGGCGCCUGGGGCCAUCUGGUCCAGCCCACGCUCAAGCGCGACGACGUGCCCGGCAUGGUCGACGCCCUCUUCGAGCAAUUCCCCAUCGACGGCACGCUGGCCGCCGAAGCGGUCCAGGCGCACCUCGUCAAGGGCGAGGUGGCCAGGGCCGUGUCCAAGGCGACCGAGGCCGACAUCUGGCUUGCGGCGCACCUUGCAGAUCUGGCCGACAAGGCGGGCCUGCUCGAGGAGGACGCGGCGGCAGAGAUGGGCGAUGCGUCGGACCAAGACCUCCGCAUCAAGAUGCUGCUGCGCUACGCCGACGAGAUGCUCGAGGAGCAGGGACUAUGGCGGAUCAGCAUCGACUAUCUCGGCGUCUGCGGCGCGGCGGGCCGUCGCAAGAUGCGGGAGGUCAUCCUCUCGGUGCCCUACUUUGCCCCGUCCAAGUCUCGGGCCAAGGCGAGCAACGACGAGGACGGCGAGGACGAAAGCGACGAUGACGAGGCGAUGGAAGAGGAGAGCGAGGGCGGCCCCGAAGACAAGGGCAAGGGCAAGGACCAGGAGAGCGGCAGUUUCGAGAGGGCCGAAGAGAUCCUCAGGGCGUGUGCCGAGCACGGAAUGGAGGAGGAGGCCAGGGUUAUCUGCAAGCGCCUUGCGCGAGCCAUGACGCAGGAGCGGAGGUACGGGGUCGCGGUGGCUUACUGCGUGCGGGCGGGGGAUGCGACCCAGAUCCGGCAGAUCUCCGACCAGCUGCUAGACGAGUACGUCGAGCGCGGCGCCGAGACUUUCAUGGCGUUGGUCGACUCGAUACCGCAGUCGCUGCUGGCGCCCGUCGGCGAGUUUGGCGGUGCCGCCGAUGACGAGGGCCUGUCUGCGCGCGGCUUGUUCUCGACGCGGCUGGCCUUCCUGGCGCGGUACCGCGACUUCCACCGCCUCUACGCCGAGGCCAACCUGAGGGCUGCAGCGCAACUGCUGGCGGAGCUCAUCACGAGCGAGGCGGCGCCCGAGGCGUUCCUUGCGGUGCUGCUGGUCGACGCCAUCCCACUGUUGGAAGCCGACGAGCAACUGUUCGACAUGCGGGAGACGUUUGAGCUGAUGCGGAUCGUGGAGCAGGUGACGGGCUCGGUGCGAGCGCAUCCGAGGCUGUCGGAGCACUACCUGGGCUACCUCAACAAGCUCAUGGGCGGGGCAGGCGGCGCGGUGGCCAAGCGGCCCGCGGGGGAUAAUGGGCCGGCAUCGAAGAGUGCGGGCGACAAGCUCGACGUGGUCAGGCUCGGGCUGGCCAGACACCUGGCGAGGGUCAGCGUGGCCCAGAUGGGCGUCGUGUACUGA